UGAAGAUAUUAAGCAAAAUUUUUGGGAAUAAUUGUCCAACUGAGGUGGGUUUAAAGAAUUGGUCAUUGGGUUUUAGGAAAUUUUGUAACAGAACAGUGUAGAGAGAUAUAGUAAGAGGGUUAGCGGAUCUAGGCAAAUUAGGGGAAAAAAUCGGAAAAAAUAAAAAAUAAUGAGAAAUCAGAAAUCCUGGAGAUCUAUUUGAAUAGAGAAUUUUCGGAUAUCCCGACUUUUUUCGAAUCCUUAGAUUCGUAGUAAUUCCCCGUUCUUAGGAAAUUUGGGAAUUUUGCACGAAAAAACAAGAUGUUGAGACUAUUAUGGAAAUGGGUCCCUCAAAGUAUAUUGUGACUCGAUGGCAUUUAGACCCUUUUGCAUAUGGAUGUUAUAGUUACAUGAAAAAUGGCUCUUUACCAGAAGAUUAUGACAAAUUAGCAGAGCCUUUAUAUAUAGAUAACAAAAAAGAUUUUGCAAGAGUUUUCUUUGCUGGAGAACACACAAUUAAACAAUAUCCAUCUUCAGUACACGGCGCUUUUCUUUCAGGACUUAGAGAGGCUGGAAGAAUAGCAGAUAUAUUUAUUGGUCCAUUAUCCCCUCUUGGAGGAGAAAUAAAUGAUGAAGGAAAUGAUGAAAAUAAUUGUAUUGAUGGACAGGGAAUAUUAGCAUUUGAAUGUCAAAAUCAAUUAAAUAUUAAAGAAAAUAAGCCUGGAAGUAGUAAUCAGAAUAACAAUAAUAAUCAGAAUAUUGCAGUUAAACGUGCAAAGAUUAAUAGAAAUGGAAUAAAUAAGAAUAGAAAUGGAGAAAAUAAUGGGAAGGAAAACUAA